AUGAGUAAAGUUGGCAUCGAACGUUCACAAAAAAGUACUCCGCGGCCAGAUGUGUCGUACAAAGAGCUACCACGACAAGUUCCAAAUCAAAGUCACAGUACAAAUAAUCAAUCGGCUAUAAUUCAUGUUGAUAAAGAAUCUGAUAUAAUAAAAUUUUUAAAUGGGGUUGAUAAUAUUCAAUUAGUUAUUGAGAGAAUUGAUAAAUUUACAGAAGAAAUUAAAAAAAUUUAUGUUACAAUGCGUGAACCUAUGGCAAAUUCAAAUUUAGAACAAGAACUUGAUAAUAAAACAGAAGAAAUCAAAAGAUUAUUUUAUGAAAUAUCGACGAAACUAGAAAAAAUGCACCAAUCACUAGAAUAUCAGUCUGGUUUUGAUAUAAAAAAUGCUCAACGACGUAUAAAAGAAUCACAAUUAUUUGCAUUAACAUGGCAUUUUAAUAAAACAAUAAUUGAAUACAAGAAAGAAGCUUUUUCACAUCGUGAACGAUGUUUAAAAGAGAUUUCUCGUGUACUUGAAAUACAUAGAUGUAGAAUAAAUAGUGACGAAUUAGAAGAAAUCCCUGACGAUGGUUGUCCAAAAACGUUUCCUUCUACUAUGUCUAUGCUUCAACGAGCACAACAACUAUCAAAUAAAGCUGAAGCACAUUAUCGUGAUAUAAUUAAACUUGAAGCUUCAGUUACAGACUCAAAUUGGUUUCGUGAUUUACCUAAUCUUGUUGCCGAUCAAGGUGAUAUGGUUGAUUCUAUUGAACAUAAUGUUUCAAUAACAAUGGAUUAUGUCGAAGUUCCAGCAAAAGAUGUACAAAGAAUUAAAAAAACAAAAAUUAUUCUUUUUGUAAAUAUUCUAUUAGCCAGUUUGAUUUUUAUUCUUUAUUACUAUAUUUUUUAG